UUGUGUCGAAAUAUUUAAAUAUUUUAACUUUUCCAAUAUGGCUGGUAAUGAGGCUGGACAUGGUGCUAUUGUCAGAAAUAGAGAUUUGAUUGAUGUGUGGAUAGAAGCACCGAGAGGAAAUAGAAAACAGGUGGUUUAUGAAAAGAUAUUAUCUCUUAUUGAUAUAACAGAUGAACCUUCCAAAUAUCUUAAAAGUAAUAUUAUGAAAUGCAGCCAGUUGUUUGGGUUGAAAAUGGCAAAUAAAUGGCAGAAAGUAGGACAAUCUCGGAAUCGACUUUUACAAAAUCAGGUAUAUUGGUUAGACAAGAUUAUAUAUAGAAUAAAUAAUGAUUCUGAAGAAAACACAUCUUCGGAUGAGGAACAAGAACCACCUUGUCGCUCGGUUGGACGGCCACGGGUGCCAUUUGAAGAGGCAUCGAAGAAAACAAAACGAAGACGUGUAGCCGAACUAACCACAGACAGAUCUGCAAAUGAACUUCAAUUUGCUGUAAAUGUCGUUUCUGGAAGCAAUCACAGUGAGGUCUCGCCACAAAUUUUUAGUUUUAGUACAGCUGAAGCUUUAGCCCUUAUGGUAGAUUUGGAUAUAUCCGCCCAGAACUGCCUUCCUAGUUAUAAAGAAUUACAGAAAACAAAAAAUGCUAUCCUCCCUUCACAAUUUAUUAUUACUGAAAUUUCUGCAGAAGUUGAUUUGCAAGAACUUCUACAGAAAACAGCUGAAAGUAUCCUUGAAAUAACAAAUUUUGAAGAGAGAGAUUGCCGGAUUAAAGUGAUAUGCAAGUGGGGAUUUGAUGGCAGCUCUGGGCAUAGCCAAUAUAAGCAGAAAUUUUCUGAUUUAGAAAACACGGACGAAUUUCUGUUUUUUGUAGCAAUGACGCCACUCAGAUUGAUUGAUAUGGAAACGAAUAAGGUAUUGUGGAAAAAUGAGAGCCCUUCAUCUACUUUAUAUUGUAGGCCGAUCAAGUUUUUAUUUAAAAAGGAAAAUGCUGAUUUAGUGCGGAAUACGGAAAAGGAAAUAAUAACAAAAAUUGAAAAUUUGAUUCCUAUUGAGAUUAAAACAAAAGAAGGGCACUCUUAUAUAAUUGAAGUUGAUAUGAUGUUAACAAUGUUGGACGGCAGUGUUGGAAACGUUCUAUCAGAGACAAAUUCAACUAUGAAGUGCAUCAUUUGCGGAGCCACACCCAAGGACAUGAACACGUUAGCAGGGAUUAACCGUCCUCCUAACGUAGACAAUUACCGGUUUGGUUUGUCAACUUUACACUGCUGGAUUCGUUUUUUUGAAUGCUUACUCCAUAUUGGAUACCGCCUGCCAAUUAAAUCUUGGCAGGUUCGUGGGCCUGAAAACAAAGCUAUAGUCGAAGCAAACAAAAAACGAAUCCAAGCAGAGUUCAGAGCCAAGCUGUCUCUAAUAGUUGACAAACCAAAACCCGGGUAUGGCUCCUCAAAUGAUGGCAAUACGGCCAGAAUUUUUUUCCACAAUCCACAAACAAGUUCAGAUAUCACAGGGGUUGACAGGGAAUUAAUCGAGAAAUUUGCGAUCAUCUUAGGAGUGUUAGCUAGUGGUUGCGCUAUUGAUAUGGAAAAGUUUUGCGUCAUUGCUGGAAGAAGCAAGAAAUUUGUAUAUCCACCUUUAUAA